AGCCUUUCGAGCUAAUUAGCUCAGCAUACAACAAAGAUAAGUGAGCCUGGGAAGAGGGCCCCCUGAGGGGUCUUUAGAUUCUGGGAAAUGUCUGAUUGGCAGAUGUUAAAAGGGAUUCUUUGGUAAUCCAGUGCAUCAAUGAGCUGCAGAAAUUCAGCCCAGGACUGCAAGAAUUCAGGCAUGAGGACACUCUGUGCAGGAGGCUCACACAGGCAGACCCAAGAUGGACAGAACCUUGGAAUCUCUGAGACACAUCAUUGCCCAAGUCUUGCCUCACAGAGAUCCGGCUCUAGUCUUCAAAGACUUGAAUGUUGUAUCAAUGUUACAGGAAUUUUGGGAAAGCAAGCAGCAGCAGAGGGCUGCAUUCCCAAGUGAAGGCAUGGUGGUCUAUGAGUCACUACCAGCACCCGGCCCUCCCUUUGUGAGUUACGUGACCCUACCAGGGGGAAGCUGUUUUGGCAACUUUCAGUGCUGCUUAAGUAGAGCUGAGGCCAGGCGGGAUGCAGCUAAAGUGGCCCUGAUCAACUCCCUCUUCAAUGAGCUGCCGUCUCGCAGGAUCACCAAGGAAUUCAUUAUGGAAAGUGUUCAGGAAGCAGUAGCCUCCACCAGAGGCACUUUAGAUGAUGCAGAUGACCCCAGCACCAGUGUCGGAGCCUAUCACUACAUGCUGGAGUCAAACAUGGGGAAGACCAUGCUGGAGUUUCAGGAGCUGAUGACCAUUUUCCAACUAUUGCACUGGAAUGGAAGCCUAAAAGCCCUUCGUGAAACAAAGUGUUCCCGACAGGAAGUCAUCUCCUACUAUUCUCAGUAUUCUCUAGAUGAAAAGAUGCGCAGCCACAUGGCCCUGGACUGGAUCAUGAAGGAGCGGGAGGCACCAGGAAUUGUCUCUCAAGAGCUACGAACGGCCCUCAGGCAGUUGGAGGAAGCCAGGAAAGCAGGACAAGAACUACGGUUUUACAAAGAAAAGAAAGAAAUCCUGAGCUUAGCCCUGUCUCAGAUCUGCAGUGACCCUGACACUUCCUCACCCAGUGAUGAUCAGCUGAGUCUCACGGCCCUAUGCAGCUAUCACUAGCAAAGCUAGGCCCCAGGUGCCCCCAGUGAUGGCAGAGGCCAGACUCUAGCAUUAGGAAUCUCAGUGAAGAGGUCCUCAGAGGCUCUAGCAUCUUUAGCUACUACCUGAAGGCUGUUCUAACCCUCUCUGCACAAUGCAUUCACAGAAUAUGAGAGUCGUAGGACCCUUAAAAGACCCAACAAGCCACCCGAUGCAUUUGUUUCCAUCACACUCUCAAUAGUUCCAGUUCAGGAGGAAAGGAUAGAUACAGAAUUGUUUGAAAAACAUUUUCCAGGCCCAGCUCCAACCGAAAGCCUGAUUGACCUGUGCCUUGCUAGACUAUAUAUGAUUGUUUCAAAGAAUAGAUCCAAGAUAGCAUUGCCCAAAAGAACAGCACCCAGAACUAGAUGAAGUAGCAUGACAGCAGUUUUAAAAAAAUACUUAGGAUUAAAUAAUACAGAUUGUUUU